AUUUACAGUAGGCAACAGCUACAGAGGCCGUCCGUCUUUGCACCGAGCACGCCAUCAGCAUGGGAAACCCCUUCCAAGCUACCGCCGACGUCAUCUCCCACGCCUCGGAGUUUGUCCACGACGACCAGUUUCUCUUCUUCGCCUCCGUGUCGAGGGCGUGGAGGGGCGCCUGGCGCGGCCGCCCGACUUCAACCAGAGCCAUCACCCCGGAUACCUCGCCGAGCCAGCUGCGGCACAGCGUCGACUGCGGCCUCUCUCCGGGGGGCACCGCUGUAUGCACCGCGAUCGCCUCCCUGGGCAGGCUCGACCUCCUGCGGGCCGCCCGCGCGCUCGGCUUCCGGUGGGACAAGAUGACCUGCUGGAAGGCCGCAGAGGGGGGCCACCUCGACGUGCUCCGCUACGCCCGAGCCAACGGCUGCGGCUGGAACGUCCUGACCUGCGCGGGGGCGGCCAAGGGCGGCCACCUCGAGGUCCUGGCUUGGGCGCGGCAGAACGGCUGCGGCUGGGACGAGUGGACGUGCACGGCGGCGACGAAGGAGGGUCACCUGGAGGUCCUGCAGUGGGCCCGCGCCAACGGGUGCCCCUGGAACGCCUGGACGUGCGCGCAGGCGGCCGCCGGCGGGCACGUGGAGGUGUUGCGGUGGGCCCACGAGAACGGGUGCCCCUGGGACGAGGAUGUCUGCUGGGCGGCGGCGUGGGGCGGCCACUUGGACGCCCUCGAGUACGCUAGGGCUAACCACUGCCCGUGGAACGAGCGCACGUGCUCGGGAGCGGCGGAGAACGGGCACCUGGAGGUGUUGGUGUGGGCGAGGGAGAGCGGGUGUCCCUGGAACGAGAGGACCUGCGUUAACGCGUCACGGGGGGGCCACGGCAACGUGCUUCGAUGGGCUAUCGCUAACGGCUGUGUGUGA